GUUGAGGGCAGUCCAAGCACCAAAUAGAGAGAGUGAGUUUUGCUGACUGAACACUUUGUGCUCUAUAUAACAAGAAGUCGAGUGCGAAGCCAUUGACUGGGGGUGACUUCAAGUAGAUUUCUCACGUCAUUUUUCCAACUUCUACUGAAGGCAAAAGGAGUAAAGUGGCAUCAUGAGUGGGGAUGGAGAAAUGGAGUGUUUUGGACCGGCGGCCAUUUACCUCCGGAAGCCAGAGAGGGAGAGAAUUGAGGCUCAGAACACACCAUUUGAUGCCAAGACAGCAUACUUUGUGACAGAACCGAAGGAGAUGUACCUCAAAGGGGUGCUAGUCAGCAGAGAGGGUGGCAAAGCCACUGUCAAAACGCUGUGCAACAAAACCAUCACAGUUAAGGAAGAUGAAAUUUUUCCAAUGAAUCCCCCCAAGUUCGAUAAAAUAGAGGACAUGGCCAUGAUGACCCACCUCAGUGAGCCCACUGUGCUGUACAACCUCAAAGAGCGUUAUGCAGCAUGGAUGAUCUACACCUAUUCCGGGUUGUUCUGUGUCACUGUGAACCCCUAUAAGUGGCUCCCAGUAUACGAUGCUGUAGUUGUGACAGGCUACAGGGGCAAAAAAAGAAUUGAAGCCCCACCUCACAUCUUCUCCAUCUCUGACAACGCCUAUCAAUUCAUGCUCACUGAUCGUGAAAAUCAGUCAAUCUUGAUCACUGGAGAAUCUGGUGCAGGAAAGACUGUGAACACCAAGAGGGUCAUCCAGUACUUUGCGACAAUUGCUGUAUCUGGACAGAAGAAGUCAGAGCCAGUCCCUGGAAAAAUGCAGGGGUCGCUGGAAGAUCAAAUCAUUGCAGCCAACCCCUUGCUGGAAGCCUAUGGAAAUGCCAAGACUGUGAGGAAUGACAACUCUUCUCGCUUUGGUAAAUUUAUCCGAAUUCAUUUUGGCACCACUGGAAAACUGGCGUCAGCUGAUAUUGAAACUUAUCUGCUGGAAAAGUCCAGAGUAACUUUCCAGCUGUCUGCUGAGAGGAGCUACCACAUUUUCUACCAGCUCUGCACUGGCCAUAAGCCAGAACUGCUGGAGGCUCUUCUGAUCACCACUAACCCGUACGACUAUCCUAUGAUCAGUCAGGGUGAGAUCACAGUCAAGAGCAUUAAUGAUGUGGAAGAGUUCAUUGCAACUGAUACAGCCAUUGAUAUCCUGGGCUUUACGGCUGAGGAGAAAAUAGGCAUCUACAAACUGACAGGUGCUGUGGUGCAUCAUGGGAACAUGAAGUUCAAGCAGAAGCAGAGGGAGGAGCAGGCUGAGCCUGAUGGAACUGAGGUGGCUGAUAAAAUCGCUUACCUCUUGGGACUGAACUCUGCUGACAUGCUGAAAGCCUUGUGUUAUCCCAGAGUGAAGGUUGGGAAUGAAUUUGUGACCAAAGGUCAAACUGUUCCUCAGGUGAAUAAUUCAACCAUGGCUCUGUGCAAGUCAAUCUAUGAGAAAAUGUUCUUGUGGAUGGUUGUCCGAAUCAAUGAGAUGUUGGACACCAAACAGCCAAGACAGUUCUUCAUUGGAGUGCUUGACAUUGCUGGAUUUGAAAUCUUUGAUUUCAACAGCCUGGAGCAGCUGUGCAUUAACUUCACAAAUGAGAAACUGCAACAGUUUUUUAACCACCACAUGUUUGUGCUGGAACAAGAGGAAUACAAGAAAGAAGGUAUUGAGUGGGAGUUCAUUGACUUCGGUAUGGACUUGGCUGCCUGCAUUGAGCUUAUUGAGAAGCCAAUGGGUAUUUUCUCCAUCCUUGAAGAGGAGUGUAUGUUCCCUAAGGCAACAGACACAACCUUCAAGAACAAGCUGCAUGACCAGCAUCUUGGUAAAAGUGGAUGUUUCCAGAAGCCCAAACCUGCCAAAGGCAAGGCUGAGGCCCACUUCUCCUUGGUGCACUAUGCUGGAACUGUGGAUUACAACAUCGUAGGCUGGCUGGAUAAGAACAAGGACCCUCUGAAUGACUCAGUGGUUCAGCUGUACCAGAAGUCUUCAGUGAAACUGUUGGCUCACCUGUAUGCUACUCAUGCUGGUGCUGAAGAGGCAGGAGGUAAAAAGGCAGGCAAGAAAAAGGGUGGCUCUUUCCAGACAGUGUCUGCUCUAUUUAGGGAGAACUUGGGUAAGCUGAUGACCAACUUGAGGAGCACACAUCCCCAUUUUGUGCGCUGUCUGAUUCCAAAUGAAUCAAAAACACCUGGUCUUAUGGAGAACUUUCUGGUCAUCCACCAGCUGCGCUGUAAUGGUGUACUGGAGGGAAUCAGAAUUUGCAGAAAAGGUUUCCCAAGCAGAAUCCUCUAUGGUGACUUUAAGCAGAGGUACAAAGUAUUGAAUGCUAGUGUCAUCCCUGAUGGUCAGUUCAUUGACAAUAAGAAGGCUUCAGAGAAGCUUCUUGGCUCCAUUAAUGUGGACCAUACCCAGUACAAGUUUGGACACACCAAGGUGUUCUUCAAAGCUGGUCUGCUGGGUACCCUUGAGGAGAUGCGAGAUGAAAAACUAGCUGAGCUGGUUACCAUGACUCAGGCUCUUUGUCGUGGAUACGUUAUGAGGAAAGAAUUCGUCAAAAUGAUGGAGAGAAGAGAGUCCAUCUUCUCCAUUCAGUACAACAUCCGCUCAUUCAUGAAUGUGAAACACUGGCCAUGGAUGAAACUGUAUUUUAAGAUCAAGCCUCUGCUGAAGAGUGCAGAGACUGAGAAGGAAAUGGCAGCCAUGAAAGAGAAUUUUGAGAAAAUGAAGGAAGAUCUAGCAAAGGCCCUUGCCAAGAAGAAGGAGCUGGAGGAGAAGAUGGUUUCCCUGCUGCAGGAGAAAAAUGACCUGCAGUUACAAGUGGCAUCUGAAACAGAAAACCUUUCUGAUGCUGAGGAGAGAUGCGAAGGGCUAAUCAAAAGCAAGAUCCAGAUGGAGGCAAAGCUUAAAGAGACAAAUGAAAGAUUAGAGGAUGAGGAAGAAAUCAAUGCUGAACUAACAGCCAAGAAGAGAAAACUAGAGGAUGAGUGCUCUGAGCUGAAGAAAGACAUUGAUGACUUAGAGCUUACCUUGGCCAAAGUGGAGAAAGAGAAACAUGCCACUGAGAACAAGGUGAAAAAUCUAACAGAGGAGAUGACCUCACUGGAUGAAAGCAUUGCAAAGUUAACCAAAGAGAAGAAAGCCCUCCAAGAGGCACAUCAGCAAACUUUAGAUGAUCUGCAGGCAGAGGAAGACAAAGUCAAUACUCUGACGAAAGCCAAAACCAAACUUGAACAACAAGUGGAUGAUCUGGAAGGUUCUCUGGAGCAAGAAAGGAAACUCCGUAUGGACCUUGAGAGGGCCAAGAGAAAGCUUGAGGGUGACUUGAAACUAUCCCAAGAAUCCAUAAUGGACCUGGAGAAUGACAAGCAACAAUCAGAUGAGAAGAUCAAAAGUAAAUUUUUACUUUUGAAGGACUUUGAGAUUAGCCAACUUCUAAGUAAGAUUGAGGAUGAACAGUCUAUUAGCAUUCAGCUUCAAAAGAAGAUCAAAGAACUCCAGGCUCGUAUUGAGGAGCUGGAGGAAGAAAUUGAGGCAGAACGUGCUGCUCGUGCAAAGGUUGAGAAGCAGAGGUCUGAUCUCUCCAGGGAACUUGAGGAGAUCAGUGAGAGGCUUGAAGAAGCAGGCGGUGCCACUGCUGCCCAGAUUGAGAUGAACAAAAAACGUGAGGCUGAGUUCCAGAAACUACGUCGUGAUCUGGAGGAGUCCACCUUGCAGCACGAAGCAACAUCUGCAGCCCUCCGCAAGAAGCAGGCCGACACUGUGGCAGAGCUAGGAGAGCAGAUUGACAACCUCCAGCGUGUGAAACAGAAGCUGGAAAAAGAAAAGAGUGAAUACAAAAUGGAGAUUGAUGACCUGUCAAGCAAUAUGGAGGCUGUUGCCAAAUCAAAGGGUAACUUGGAAAAGAUGUGCCGUACUCUUGAAGAUCAACUGAGUGAAACUAAAACCAAAUCCGAUGAAACGAUCCGUCAACUAAAUGAUAUAAGUGCACAAAAAGCAAGACUGGCUACUGAGAAUGGUGAAUUCAGUCGCCAGCUAGAGGAAAAAGAAGCUCUUGUUUCUCAGUUGACUCGAGGAAAGCAAGCUUUUACUCAGCAGAUUGAAGAGCUUAAGAGAAACAUUGAGGAAGAAACCAAGGCCAAAAAUGCCCUAGCUCAUGCUGUUCAGUCAGCAAGACAUGACUGUGAUCUGCUCAGAGAGCAGUACGAGGAGGAACAGGAGGCCAAAUCUGAGCUCCAGCGUGGCAUGUCAAAGGCAAACAGCGAAGUAGCUCAGUGGAGAUCCAAAUAUGAGACUGAUGCCAUUCAGCGCACUGAAGAACUUGAGGAAGCAAAGAAAAAGCUUGCUCAGCGUUUGCAGGAUGCUGAAGAGUCCAUUGAGGCUGUGAACUCAAAGUGUGCCUCUCUGGAAAAAACCAAACAGCGACUGCAGGGUGAAGUUGAAGAUCUCAUGAUUGAUGUGGAGAGAGCUAAUGCUCUUGCUGCCAAUCUUGACAAAAAGCAGCGGAACUUUGACAAGGUUCUGGCAGAGUGGAAGCAAAAGUAUGAGGAAAGUCAAGCAGAACUGGAAGGAGCUCAAAAAGAAGCCCGUUCUCUUAGUACAGAGCUUUUUAAGAUGAAGAACUCCUAUGAAGAAGCCCUGGACCAUCUGGAGACCCUCAAAAGGGAGAACAAAAACCUUCAACAGGAAAUCUCUGACUUGACUGAACAAAUUGGAGAGACUGGGAAGACCAUUCAUGAGCUUGAGAAAGCCAAGAAAAUAAUUGAAACUGAGAAAAUAGAAAUCCAGGUCGCUCUUGAGGAAGCUGAGGGAACCCUGGAACAUGAGGAAUCUAAGAUUCUUCGAAUCCAGCUUGAGCUAGCCCAAGUCAAAGGGGAGAUUGAUCGUAAAUUGGCUGAGAAAGAUGAGGAAAUGGAACAGAUCAAAAGGAAUAGCCAAAGAGUUAUUGAUUCCAUGCAGAGUACUCUAGACUCUGAGAUCAGGAGCAGAAAUGAAGCCCUGAGAGUCAAGAAGAAGAUGGAAGGAGACCUCAAUGAGAUGGAGAUUCAGCUGAGCCAUGCAAAUCGUCAGGCAGCUGAAGCUCAAAAACAGCUCAGGAACGUCCAGGGACAGCUCAAGGAUGCCCAACUGCACCUUGAUGAUGCGCUGAGGGUUCAAGAGGACAUGAAAGAGCAGGUUGCUAUGGUUGAACGCAGGAACAACCUGAUGCAGGCUGAGAUUGAAGAGCUGAGAUCUGCUCUGGAGCAGACAGAGAGAGCUCGCAAAGUGGCUGAGCAGGAACUAGUGGAUGCCAGCGAGCGUGUAGGACUUCUGCACUCCCAGAACACCAGUCUCAUCAAUACCAAAAAGAAGCUUGAGGCUGAUUUUGUUCAAAUCCAAGGCGAAGUGGAUGAUGCUGUUCAGGAGGCACGAAAUGCAGAGGAGAAGGCUAAGAAAGCUAUCACUGAUGCAGCCAUGAUGGCAGAAGAGCUGAAGAAAGAGCAAGAUACAAGUGCUCAUCUUGAGAGGAUGAAGAAGAACCUGGAGGUUACAGUUAAAGACCUGCAGCACCGUCUGGAUGAGGCUGAAAGUCUGGCCAUGAAGGGAGGGAAGAAGCAGCUCCAGAAACUGGAAGCUAGGGUCCGGGAACUGGAGAAUGAGGUUGAAGCUGAACAAAGAAAAAGUGCAGAAGCUGUUAAAGGAGUUCGGAAAUAUGAGAGAAGAGUCAAGGAACUCACUUACCAGACUGAAGAGGAUAAGAAGAAUGUAACCAGACUGCAGGAUCUGGUGGACAAACUGCAGCUGAAAGUGAAGUCCUAUAAGAGACAAGCUGAGGAAUCUGAGGAACAGGCCAGCACUCACCUGGCAAGAUACAGGAAGGUCCAGCAUGAAAUGGAAGAAGCCCAGGAAAGAGCUGACAUCGCCGAGUCCCAAGUCAACAAGCUCAGGGCAAAGAGCCGUGACAUUGGAAAGGGAAAAGAUGUCGCAGAGUAAACAUCACCUUUAAAGAAGAGUUAGCAAUAAACAAUCAUAUAAUAUGAAUUUGUGCUAUGUCUGAGUCAUGUGGUCAAUAAAGUUGCCCACGAACCAA